CCAUGUGAUUAAAUUGUUAUUUUUUAAUAAUAAUAGUAAUAACGCAAACAAUAAACAUCAAACGUUAUUGUUAAAAGAACAGUAAUAUAAUGAAUCAUAGUAAUUUAAUAAAGUCAACACCAGAAGAUGAUUACGUUUCUUUCAUGGUCUAUCUACGAACCAACAGUGUCUGGAAAACAGUGAGUGACGUGUUCAGGAUGUUAAACGAAACUAGGCCCGAAGAUCCGAUCGAGUUCUUCAAGGCGAAUGUAAAAAUCGAUAACAGUGACAGCAGAGCCAUUGAAGAAACGCGUCGAGAAAUCGCAGAAGCCGAAAAAAAGCUUAAGAUCUUAAAACGUGAUAAACUUGUGUUGACGGCUAACUUAGAUUUUCUCGACAAAACCAUUCGUGGUGUAAAUCGAAAACCAAAUUUGGGUGUUCGAAGCACCGUUGACUACGCGGAGUACGACGACAACGAAACAAUUUCCGAAACGUUUUCUUAUUCCGACCACGUAUUGUAGGUGCGCACGCUGUACGUGCAGAUGAGUACAAAACAGCCGUGUCGACGGACGUAGAACAACAGCUUUAGCGUUAUAAAAAUACAAAAUAAAAAUUAUUAUCCAAACACAGACAACGAUUCGUAUUAGUCGUACUUAAUAUACUACCUAUAUAUUACAUAAUAUACAGUUAUUAUUGUUUAUAA